CGGCGGCAUGAGGCGCGGGGCCGGCGUCCGCGGGAGGGAGGCGCUGCCCGCGGCCCGGCCGCUCCCGCUGCAGCUGCUCGCCGGGUUCGCCGUGCCCUGCCCACGGGGCCCUGGCUGUUCUCAUCCCGGCCGCCGCCCGGGCUGCCGCUGGUGACCACUCGCCGCGCCGCCGGAGGCUUCACCCGCGCCCUCCCCCAGGACGCGCCCGUGGAGCUCCGGCCUCUUCGCCCCGCUCGCGGAGGCCGCGCUGCGCGCCGGGCGGCGGCGAAGCCGGAAGAUGGCCUGGGUGCUCAAGAUGGACGAGGUGAUCGAGUCCGGGCUGGUGCACGACUUCGACGCCAGCCUCUCGGGCAUCGGGCAGGAGCUGGGCGCCGGCGCCUACAGCAUGAGCGAUGUCUUGGCAUUGCCAAUUUUCAAGCAGGAAGAUUCCAGCCUUCCAUUGGAUGACGAAACCAAACACCCACCCUUCCAGUAUGUGAUGUGUGCAGCAACGUCACCAGCUGUGAAGCUGCACGACGAAACGCUCACGUACUUGAACCAAGGUCAGUCUUACGAAAUUCGCAUGCUGGAUAAUCGGAAAAUGGGAGAUGUGCCUGAGAUCACUGGAAAACUGGUAAAGAGCAUCAUAAGGGUUGUAUUCCAUGACAGACGGCUCCAGUAUACAGAGCAUCAGCAACUUGAAGGUUGGAAGUGGAAUCGCCCAGGAGACAGACUCCUCGAUUUAGAUAUUCCAAUGUCUGUGGGAAUAAUUGACACAAAGACAAAUCCAAGCCAGUUAAAUGCAGUUGAAUUUCUGUGGGAUCCUGCAAAACGCACAUCUGCUUUCAUUCAGGUACACUGCAUCAGCACAGAAUUUACUCCCCGGAAGCAUGGAGGUGAAAAGGGAGUGCCUUUUAGGAUCCAGGUUGACACCUUUAAGCAGAAUGAAAAUGGAGAAUACACAGAUCAUCUACACUCAGCUAGCUGCCAAAUCAAAGUUUUUAAGCCGAAAGGUGCAGAUAGGAAACAAAAAACUGAUCGAGAGAAGAUGGAGAAGAGAACCGCUCAUGAGAAGGAGAAGUACCAGCCGUCCUAUGACACCACGGUCCUCACAGAGUGCUCUCCAUGGCCCGACACCCCCACCGCCUAUGUGAAUAGCAGCCCUUCCACGGCGCCCACCUUCACGGCCCCGCAGCAGAGCGCUUGCAGCGUCCCGGACAGCAAUUCUUCUUCCCCAAAUCAUCAAGGAGAUGGAGUUUCACAGGCCUCUAGUGAACAACUUCAGCCUUCAGCCACGAUCCAGGAAACACAACAAUGGCUGCUCAAAAACAGAUUCUCUUCCUACACAAGACUAUUCUCCAAUUUUUUAGGUGCCGACUUGUUAAAACUGACAAAGGAGGAUCUAGUACAAAUUUGUGGUGUAGCCGAUGGAAUCCGGCUCUAUAAUUCACUGAAGUCAAGGUCGGUGCGGCCCCGCCUGACCCUCUACGUCUGCCGCGAGCAGCCGGCGCCACAGGGGCAGCAGCAGGCAGCGGGUGGCGGGGGCGACGGCGGCGGCGCCACGCCCUACGUUUAUCAUGCAAUCUACUUAGAAGAAAUGGUUGCUUCAGAAGUUGCUCGAAAACUUGCGUUGGUGUUUAAUAUUCCUUUCCACCAAAUUAACCAGGUUUACAGACAGGGUCCCACCGGUAUUCACAUUCUUGUUAGCGAUCAGAUGGUUCAGAACUUUCAAGAUGAGAGUUGUUUUUUAUUCUCCACAGUAAAAGCUGAAAACGGCGGUGGCGUCCACAUAAUUUUGAAGUGACGUCUUGACGUAGUCUGAACUCUAUUCAGCACCAGUUAAAGUUACGCUUAAAAGUGUGUGAAGACUGAAUCCAAGAAGUCUUGGGAUUGGAUUUUACCGUAUGAAAUGUUUCAUAUUGAAAACACAGGAUGACCUUUCUCACAAGCUGGAUGAGAGGCACGUCUCCUUCGCUUCACUGCCGCGGCCUCGCCCCGGGACAGUGAGCACGUCGGGCCCCGGUGCAGGUAGGCUGCCUGCUUCUCUGCCAGAGAGGCCAGUAGACACAGUCCCUAGAAGCAGCCUUCGCUGUCUUUUUACACUGUAUGCGGUUUGGAAAUGAAUGUAAAGACGUACUGUGGGCAUUUACCUUUCUGGGCCAGUUCGGCUUCUGCUGCCCGGACCUUAUGCUGACCUGGGUGGGGGGUGGGCACUGGCUGCUGCGGGGCCAGCGCCAAAUCCACGUGUGGAGAGAGCGAGGCCGGCGCUGAUACGGGCCGAUCAGUGGUCAGGGGAGAGGCUUGGCGCCUUCUUGGAAAAAAUCAUGUCUAAGGGUGCGCAUCUGCCAUGAUCAUGCCAGAUCGGGGAAGCCCCAAGCCAGGAAGAGGGGCGUGAAGCAAACUGCAUUAUCAAGAGUACCUUGGUGAGAGGAUCAGUGUAAAUCCUAAUAGGUACAAAAAGACUUUUGUGUUUUUGCUUUGUCACAGAUUAAUUGAAAAACUUUUUGCUUCUGCUUCCAUUUUUAGCAUUUUGUUUCUGGUUUUCAUUUUUGAAGCCCCAAUGCCUUUUAAACUCAUGUGGUUUUCUUUCUCCUUUUCCUCCCUCUCUUUGUCUCUGACCACCCACCCCACCCUGCACCAUACUGUUGUUAAACUUUUUUAAAGCCCUCUCCCCAACAUUGGAAAUACACCUAAGCAGAAGAAAACAGUGUGAUAGUUUCUGAGUUGGUGUUAAGGGGUCUUCAUUAUCAAGAGUUGAAAUUUAUUUGUGGAACACUAGACAUCACAAACACUAUAUUGUACCAUCAAAAUUCCUCACACUUCUCUAAUAUGGAGCUUUAGUACAAUCACGGGUAACAUUCUGGUGAUUAUUUAGGGACUUUUUUAUACACCACAUAAUAGCUUCUUUUUCUAUAAAAAGAGUGCCUCUUUCACAAAACCAAUGCUUGUUGGCCAGUAUACUUUCCAAAGGGAAUCACUGUUUUUGCAAUUUUUUCUACUAUCAUCAUUAUUAUCUCUUCCCUUCACCCGAAGCCUUCCCAAAAUUCAUCAGCAAGCAUUUGAGGCCUGUGGUGUACUAGACACAAUUUUCUUUUCAAACUUCGAUUCCAUUUUAAUUAUACCAUGUCUGUCCGUUUACCCAGUGUCUUGGUGUUGAGUAUAUUAUUUGAUCCUUAUCUUUGUUCAGGCAGAAAUAGGAAUGGCUAAUUUUGAGUUUAAAAUCUCUCCCAGAAGACAAAACUACUUCAUACCAUGUCUGUCCGUUUACCCAGUGUCUUGGUGUUGAGUAUAUUAUUUGAUCCUUCUCUUUGUUCAGGCAGAAAUAGGAAUGGCUAAUUUUGAGUUUAAAAUCUCUCCCAGAAGACAAAACUACUUCAGUGGGUGAAAGCUUUGGCAUUUUAUGUUUUAUUUAUAAAGGGGGUUAUUCGAGAUGAAAAAGUACUGUCCAUCUUUGGUUUGAAAAUAUCCAUAACUUGUAUAGACCCUAAAGCAGGAGAGCUUUCCUUUCCGUCAUUUUCCCUUUGCUUUUGUAUGACCACAUGUUUUCUGUACCAGUCACUUGGGAAAGAAGUGAGCUUCUCUCUUAAUUGUUUAGAGUUUUGCUUGUCUAUUUAGCAUUCCUUUUCGAGUCUCAAGAUUUAUGGAACAAUAAAUGUCAUUUUUAAUGCUGUGUGCUAUUUCGAAUUCCUCAUCAGGUUUUACAAGUGGGUAAAAAUAAUUAAAAGCUCCUCAAACUUGAAAUGACACCAAGCAGCACUGAACAUUAGUCUGUCCCAGUGAAACAGGUUAAAUUAUGGCACCAGCAAAUUUGCUACUUUGUUUUUUUAAUAGUAGGAUGUACACAUUUCAGUAUAAUAAAUGUUUUCCGCUUGUUUUGCAAAUGUGUGUCUCAUUUAAAAUCCAAGUUCCUGCCAGUGUGUCACCUCAUGUCAUAGAAUCAAGGAGUUCACUGUGUAUGUUCUGAGCACACACCAGUCCCAGUGUUGUUACAAGAGCUGAUGGGGGUACGUAUUUUCAGUUUAUUUCCUCAAAGCUGAUACAACUGAGGACAGCUUAUCCAGUGACUGUGCCACACUUAAAGGGGAAGCAAACCUGAUUUUUCUUAACAGAGGUUCUCCUUUUUUGUAGAUGUGGUCCAACGUCAUUCAGCCAGAGUCCAGUAGCUGUGAGAGGUUGUGUCCGGGCUCAAAAGAGAUAAUGUAUAGAAGGCCCUGGUCAUUUAAAUUUUUAAAAUAGAAACUAUAUUUAUAGCUUCCUGCAACAGCCAUUUUUUCCCCCACACAGUGGUGUAAAUGUAUAUUUAGAUAACUGCUAUGGUAUACAUACGAUAAGGCAGCAAAAUCAUCAGGACUUCAAUGCUUAUUCUGAUAAUCCUGUUAACUGAUUUAUAGAGUUGUAUAUCCAUCUAUUUGCCUUCUCUCCCCAGAAUGCAGCUGAGGCCUUGUAUCCUAAAUGCUUCUAAAACUCUCCACCUAAUAGAACCCUAACCCAAUUAGAAGUAUUGCUGGUCGUGGGGAAACUUCUCAUUUUUGCUCUUUCCCUCAGCUUCUCAUGAGCUCUGGGCUCUUCAGUUUGGGGAGUGGUUACUAAGAAGGGUUGGCUACCAUUAACACAGAGAUGCAGUGAAGGUCACAAAUGUGGACAGCACAGAGCAGAAACCAGAUCAUCCUAUCAGAUUUCAGGUAACAUUAGGAACGCCUGAAUUUUGGAAGAUGGUUUUGCUCAGAUUUGUCUGCCAUAAGAUAAUAGCAAUAAAACCCUCUGACUUAAGCAUUGCAAUGGUUUAUUCAUUUUUAUAUAAGUCUCAAAGGUGCCAACACUUUACUGAUUUUAGUUUUAAGUGUGUAAAAUUUUUGAAUAGUCC